GCCUCAUUACUCAUAUUGUCGCAACUCUCAUCGUCACUCUUAAGGUCAAACUCAACGAAGCAAAAAAAACUCCACCAUGAUUUCAGUAGACGAAGCUCUAAAAAUCAUACUAGAAGUAGCUCAACGUCUCGAAGAAGUAACCGUUCCAAUUCACGAAGCUCAAGGCAAAACCCUAGCUCAAGAUAUCCAUGCUCCCGAUCCUCUUCCUCCUUAUCCCGCAUCCAUUAAGGAUGGUUAUGCGGUGAUUGCGGCAGACGGUCCUGGGGAAUAUCCUGUAAUAUCCGAAUCGAGGGCCGGAAACGAUGCUGUUGGUGUUACUGUGACUCCUGGAACUGUUGCAUAUGUUACUACUGGAGGGCCUGUCCCUGAUGGAGCUGAUGCGGUUGUUCAGGUGGAGGACACUGAACAAAUUCAAAGUGAUCCUAGUGAGCCUAAGCGAGUGAGAAUAUUGGUGCAAACUAAGCCAGGUCUUGAUAUUCGUCCAGUAGGCUGUGACAUUGAGAAAGAUGCUGUGGUGUUGAAGUCUGGUCAUCUUGUUGGUGCCUCUGAAAUUGGACUGCUUGCUACGGUGGGAGUGACUAUGGUGAAGGUUUUUCGUACUCCAACAAUUGGUGUGCUCUCGACCGGAGAUGAACUUGUGGAGCCAACAACGAGAAGCUUAGGUUGUGGUCAGAUUAGGGACUCCAACCGGGCCAUGCUACUAGCAGCAGCGGUUGAACAGAAUUGCAGUAUUGUGGACCUUGGCAUUGCUCGUGAUGAUGAAGCAGAGCUUGAGAAAAUCAUGGAAAAGGCCUUUUCUGCUGGAAUCGACAUACUAUUGACGUCUGGUGGUGUUUCCAUGGGAGACCGAGAUUAUGUAAAGCCAUUGCUUGAGAAGAGAGGAAAAUUGCAUUUCAGCAAGGUUCUCAUGAAACCAGGAAAGCCUUUAACAUUUGCUGAGAUCAAUACAAAGCCAGCUCAGAAUGCGAAUGCUAACAGAGUUUUGGCCUUUGGGUUACCCGGAAAUCCUGUGAGCUGUUUAGUUUGUUUUCAUCUCUUUGUAGUUCCCACUAUUCGUUGUCUUUCUGGACGGACAAACUCCAAUAUUCUGAGGGUUCAUGUUCGCCUUGAGCAACCCCUUAAAACAGAUCCUGCACGUCCUGAAUUUCACCGUGCCAUUAUUACAUGGAAGGAAAAUGAUGGUUCAGGAAAUCCCGGUUUUGUUGCUGAGAGCACUGGUCGGCAAAUGAGCAGUCGUCUUUUGAGUAUGAAGUCAGCAAAUGCUUUGCUGGAGCUGCCAGCUGGAGGUACCUUGCUCCCUGCUGGAACGUCUGUAUCUGCCAUUGUUAUUUCUGAUUUACUCAGUGCUCCUGCAAAGAGGCAUAUGUUAUUACAAAGUUCACCUAGUGAAACUGCUGCUAGCAACUCUCAGGAUCCUGCAGUUAAAGUUGCUAUUCUGACAAUUAGUGAUACAGUUGCAACAGGGGCUGGGCCAGAUCGUAGUGGCCCUAGGGCUAUUUCUGUCAUUAAUUCUUCCUCAGAGAGGCUAGGAGGAGCAAAGGUAGUUUCAACUGCUGUUGUUCCAGAUGAUGUACAAAGCAUUAAGGAUGUUUUAUGGAGAUGGAGUGAUGUUGAUAAAGUGGAUCUCAUCAUCACACUUGGUGGCACUGGUUUCAGCCCCAGAGAUGUGACUCCAGAAGCAACAAAAGAAGUAAUUGAGAAAGAAACUCCUGGUCUUCUAUAUGUCAUGAUGCAAGAGAGUCUGAAGGUGACACAAACUGCCAUGCUCUCCCGUUCAGCUGCAGGAAUAAGAGGAUCUACACUGAUUAUCAACAUGCCGGGCAAUCCAAAUGCUGUGGCUGAAUGCAUGGAAGCCUUGCUGCCUGCGCUCAAACAUGGUUUGAAGCAAAUAAAAGGAGACAAGAGAGAGAAACACCCGCGUCAUGUGUCUCAUGCUCAGGCUGCAACUGUGGAUACAUGGGAACAGAGCUACAAAAAAGCCACUACCAACACUGCAAAGGAGCUUGGCUGUUCAUGUUCCCACUAAGACAAUGAGAUGAAUGAUUAACAGGAAAUAUCUCUUCAGGGCUGUAGUUCGGUUUUACAAAACCUGAUCCAGUUUCGUUAAAAGAAGCUCCAUUUUCCAAGACAUCUCCCACAGACUUGAAAUUCCAUCCUUUUCCAUUUUUCUUGUCAAGGAUGUUCAUUAUAACCUGUCAACAAUACAUGACGAGAGACAAAUUUAGAUAGUGUGUAAAAACUAUAAUUUGCUAACCACUUGUUUGGUAGCCGAUAAUAGAUGUGCUUUUACCCUUGACACCUAUUUUUGUUAAUUAAUCUUGCCGGCCAAAAUUGGUAAAUUAGUCCGUCUUUCUGUUGAA